AUGGCGACUGAGACUUUCCUCGCCCGGCUGUGCGAACAGGCUGAGCGCUACGAUGAAAUGGUCACGUACAUGAAGGUCGCCGGUGAACUCACUGUUGACGAGCGCAACCUUCUGUCCGUCGCCUACAAGAACGUUGUCGGAACCCGACGCGCGUCAUGGCGCAUCAUCUCGUCGAUCGAGCAGAAGGAGGAGUCCAAGGGCUCUGAGAAGCACGUUGGCACCAUCCGUGACUACCGCCAGAAGAUCGAGACGGAGCUCGAGCAGGUCUGCCAGGAUGUCCUCAACGUGCUCGACGACUCUCUCAUUCCCAAGGCUGAGUCCGGCGAGUCCAAGGUCUUCUACCACAAGAUGAAGGGAGACUACCACCGCUACCUUGCCGAGUUCGCCUCUGGUGAGAAGCGCAAGGUCGCUGCGACAGCCGCACACGAGGCCUACAAGACGGCCACCGAUGUCGCCCAGACCGAGCUCACACCCACCCACCCCAUCCGUCUCGGCCUUGCCCUGAACUUCUCGGUCUUCUACUACGAGAUCUUGAACUCGCCCGACCGUGCUUGCCACCUUGCCAAGCAGGCCUUCGACGACGCCAUUGCUGAGCUCGACUCUCUGUCCGAAGAGUCCUACCGCGACAGCACCCUCAUCAUGCAGCUCCUUCGUGACAACCUUACCCUCUGGACGUCAUCGGACGGCAACGAGGGCGAGGCUGCCGCCGCCGACGCACCCAAGGACGAGACCAAAGCCACCGAGGACGCACCGGCUGCAUCUGAGCCCAAGCCUGAGGAGACACCCGCUGCCGCCCCUGCCCCCGCCGCUUAA